GCAGGAAGUCGGUGCGGUUGCAUGUAAUAUCCUGGCGGAGCGGAGAAGGGGCUGCAGCGGCGUUAGACCCGGACUGCAAUCCAGCCUCCCAACACGACGGUAUAACAUUACAUGAUAGCGGAGCAGCGUUAGACCCGGACUGCGAUCCAGCCUCCCAACACGACCGUGCAACAUUACAUGAUAGCGGAGCAGCGUUAGACCCGGACUGCGAUCCAGCCUCCCAACACGACCGUGCAACAUUACAUGAUAGCGGAGCAGCGUUAGACCCGGACUGCGAUCCAGCCUCCCAACACGACCGUGCAACAUUACAUGAUAGCGGAGCAGCGUUAGACCCGGACUGCGAUCCAGCCUCCCAACACGACCGUGCAACAUUACAUGAUAGCGGAGCAGCGUUAGACCCGGACUGCGAUCCAGCCUCCCAACACGACCGUGCAACAUUACAUGAUAGCGGAGCAGCGUUAGACCCGGACUGCGAACCAGCCUCCCAACACGACCGUGCAACAUCAGAGCGGAGCCGCGUCUGUGUGUGAAGCUUCGGGGUUACUUUUUUUGUGUUGCAAAGAAAGAAAGAAAGAAACAAAAAGUGAAUCGUGAUGUCUGUGGCUGGAUUAAAGAAACAGUUCUAUAAAGCCAGCCAGCUGGUCAGCGAGAAGGUCGGGGGUGCCGAGGGAACCAAGCUCGAUGAGGACUUCAAGGAGCUGGAGAGGAAGGUGGACGUGACCAGCAAAGCCGUGUCAGAGGUCAUCACCAAGACAUCAGAGUACCUGCAGCCAAACCCAGCCUCUCGGGCGAAGCUCUCCAUGCUCAACACGGUGUCUAAGAUCCGGGGGCAGGUGAAGAACCCGGGGUACCCCCAACCGGAGGGGCUGCUGGGGGAGUGCAUGGUCAAGUUCGGCAGGGAGUUGGGAGAGGAGACCAACUUUGGGGGUGCCCUCCUGGACGCGGGGGAGACUAUGAAAAGGCUGGCGGAGGUGAAGGACUCUCUGGACAUCGACGUGAAACAGAACUUCAUCGACCCGCUGCAGAGCCUGUGUGACAAGGACCUGAGAGAGAUCCAGCACCACUUGAAGAAGCUGGAGGGCCGCCGGCUCGACUACGACUACAAGAAGAAGCGCCAGGGGAAGAUCCCGGACGAGGAGGUGCGGCAGGCGCUGGAGAAAUUCGACGAGUCCAAGGAGGUGGCAGAGACGAGCAUGUACAACCUGCUGGAGACUGACAUUGAGCAGGUCAGUCAGCUCUCCGCUCUGGUCGAGGCUCAGCUGGAUUAUCACAGGCAGGCUGUGCAGGUCAUGGAGGAUCUGUCAGAGAAGCUCAAAGAGAGGAUGGCGGAGGCCACAACCAGGCCGAAGCGAGAGUACACCCCCAAACCUAAACCCGUGUACGACUACGGAGACGCCGACCAAUCAAACGGCGACUUCGCUUACAGCAGCUCCGCCCCCUCUGCGGCCAUGGCUCCCAGCGCGCGGGCCCCAGCAGCCUCCUCUUCAUUCCGCUCGGACAAGCCGGCGCGCGCCCCCAGCACUCGCAGCAGCACGGUGCUGGACCAGCCCAGCUGCAAGGCGCUAUAUGACUUUGAACCGGAGAACGAGGGCGAGCUGGGCUUUAAGGAAGGUGACAUCAUCACGCUGACCAAUCAGAUCGAUGAGAACUGGUACGAGGGAAUGCUGCACGGCCAGUCAGGAUUCUUCCCACUCAACUACGUGGAAGUGCUGGUGGCUCUGCCUCACUAGAGAGGGAGGGAGAGGAGGGGGGGGGGAGCGAUUAGAAC